GUUCCACUGUUACUACUACUGUUUGUUUAUGUCGGCUCCACGGUUUGCUGGAGUUCCCAGGCGUGUACAUGAGGAUCUUUACAAACUAAUUAUCGGGCAACUUCGUUUAGAUGGGCACGAGCCUGUUGCCCAAAUGUUACAGCAUGCAACUGGACUCAUCGCCUACCCGUCUCAGCGCCUAGAAUCCUUGGUUUCACCCUCGUUGAGUAAAGAAAUUCAAAAGUUACAAGCUUACAAUCAGAUUGAAGAUGACGAAAAGUUGGAUUUCGAGGUGGAAGCUGGUCCAAAAACAAAAAGUAGCUAUAAACCAAUUUUUUUUACUUCGCAUAAAGGACCUUGUUACACUGCUGUUUUCAGUCAUGAUGGUAAAUACGCUGCUACGGGCUCUGCAGACACCUCCGUCAAACUUUUAGAUGUGGAAAUGAUGGUGGCGAAGCGGGAAACCAAAGAAACGGCUAAUCCCUGCCGCCACACGCUUAAGGAACACAAGCAGCCCGUGACCACCGUUGCGUUUGAUUUCAGUGACACAAAGCUAGUUACCGGCUCUCAAGAUGGGACUAUAAAGUUUUUUGAUCUAUCCAAACUUGGAAGAGCUAGGCAGCGCUCGGUGUGUACUAUAUCGGAUUCUCAUGUUAUUCACAGCAUCGAUUAUCAUCCAUCCAGUCAGUACCUUCUGGUAGGCACCAGCAAUCCCGUUGUCCGGCUGUAUGACGUCGCCACGCAGACGUGCUUCGCCAGUGCCAACGAACUGGAAUACCACUCCGCGUCUGUAAACCACGUCGCCUUCAGCUGUGACGGGAAAGUCUACGCCAGCGCGAGCUCGGACGGAUCGAUUAAACUUUGGGACGGCGUAAGUUCUCGUUGUGUUGCCACUUUCUCUGAAGCGCACGGCCAGAGCAGCGUCGACUGUGUUAGAAUAUCCCGUAACUUCAAGUAUCUUCUUUCCUGCGGGAGAGACAAUAUUAUCAGACUGUGGGAUCUCGCGAUGGGGCAAGUCCUUAUUGCGUAUGAGGGAGGGAGCCACGCUAAGUAUGGACUGAAAGCCUCUUUCAGUCAUAACGAAAGAUUCGUGUUGGGUGCCAAUGAUGGCAGCAACACUGCUGUGGCCUGGGACACAAGGACGGGCGAGAUGGAACAGGGACUGGUCCAACCGUCUAUUCCCGGCCAUGCCGCUCCUAUCCGCGAGAUUGCGACGAGCCCUAAUGUUUCUGGGUUCCUGACCGCCACCGAGGACAAAACUGCGAGGUAUUGGCACUACUCGUGAAAAGGAUUCUAUAGGAAGCAGCUCUUUUAAGCAAUUUACGCCUUAUUUCUUUUAACUGUCGCCCCCAUGAAUAUAAAAGUUUUCCGUUAUCGCA